CUCAGUCAGAGAGGGGUGGGAUGGAUUAGGCUCAGACAGACAGCAGACCGGCUGUCCCAGCCAGGCUGCGCUGAUCCUUCACUCUCCGCUUUGCUCCCUCCUCUUCAUCACCGGCCACCUGCCUCUCCGAGAAUAACUCCCGACCGCUCAGGACCGAGCGAGCCUCGCCGCAGACGGAGAAAGGGCGACAUCCCCCCACAUUCGCUCCGGGCGUUCUUGGCGACGGGGAUUUGUCGUCGUUACCGGCUGAGGAGCGCUCCUGCUUCUCCUACCACCCUCCACCCUCAAAACCUCUCGACUGCCCUCCUACCCUCUACCCUGCCCCGUCCGUCCCCUCAGAAGAAGCCACUUGCAUGGAUGCAGCAUGGCCACGUUCGUCUGCAGGGUUCAGUUUUUAGAUGACACCGAUCCGUUCAACAGCACUAACUUUCCAGAGCCGACCAGACCCCCGGUGUACACCUUCCGGGAGGACAUCCCCCUCAUCAACCAGCUAGCGGGCGUCCAUCGGCUCCUCAAAGCUCCACACAAGCUCGACGAUUGCACACUUCAGCUGUCCCACAAUGGGACCUACCUGGACCUGGAGUCCUCGCUGGCCGAGCAAAGGGACGAGCUGGAGGGGUUUCAGGCGGACGAUGCAGGGUCCAGAGGGAAGAAGCACAGUGUUAUAUUGCGGACCCAGCUGACCGUCCGUGUUCAUGCCUGCAUCGGUGAGUGCUGUAUGAUGAGUUUCUGCUUUUGUGCGACACUCUUUAUUUCUCCUGACGCUCUCACACACACACACACACACACACACACACGUGUCACCUGA